UGCGAAUCUGUGACCGUUUUACGGAAACACUCAACGUGGGAAACUUAAGGAACUUCACCACCAUCCAGAUCCCCACUGAGAUUCUCCGCCUCCUUCUCCCCCCAAGUCUCUGCUUUAUGCGUGAAGGCUUGGCAGCAAUGACGGUUGUGUCGGACCCGGGGCAGUCAGCCGCUCGCUCAGUCGACGAGCACCGUGACUCAGUUCCCCUGGGUCGUUUCCUCUGAUGCCCCGAGCUCGCUCGCUGUCACUCUCGCGGCCACUCCGACGGCAGAAAGCAGAAAGCACGACGCCAGGGCAGCGGUAGGGAAGAUGUGCAGCGAGUGUUACACCAACCGGUCCUUUGUCUUCGAUGAUGGGACGUCGAAUAAACACACCUCCAGACCCUCGGCCGUCGGUGGCGGGCAGAGCCGGAGCAGCGACGGGGUCAUCUUGGACAUCUCCUCCUUGAAGAUGAACGAGCUGGAGACCGACGUCCCACCUCUGCCGCCCAGGUACCGGUUCAGGGACUUGCUGCUGGGUGACCAGUCCUUUCAGAACGACGACAGGGUUCAGGUGGAAUUCUACGUUAACGAGAAUACCUUCAAAGAACGACUCAAGCUCUUCUUCAUCAAAAACCAAAGAUCAAGUUUAAGAAUACGCCUCUUUAACUUCUCCUUGAAGGUGCUUACGUGUGUUUUGUACAUUGUACGAGUUUUGCUGGAUCACCCUGAAGAAGGAAUUGGAUGUUGGGGAUGUUCAAAGCAGAAUUACACUUCACGUCCAACAUCUAAUAUCGUAAUUAGCUGGGCACCUAUACUUUGGGUAAACAGAAGUCUGUCACUUUGGGGAAUUCAGGUUACAGUGGCUUUAAUUAGUUUCCUGGAGACCAUGCUUCUCACAUAUCUGAGUUACAAGGGAAAUAUAUGGGAACAGAUUUUCCGAGUUCCUUUUAUCCUUGAAAUGAUCAACACUGUUCCUUUCAUUGUCACAAUUUUCUGGGCACCCUUAAGAAACCUUUUCAUCCCAGUAUUUUUAAACUGCUGGCUGGCCAAGCAUGCACUGGAGAACAUGAUUAACGAUUUGCACAGAGCCAUUCAGAGAACGCAGUCUGCUAUGUUUAACCAAGUAUCAAUAUUGAUUUGUACUCUACUCUGCCUUGUGUUCACUGGAGCGUGCGGAAUCCAGCAUUUGGAGAGAGCAGGAGACAAUCUCUCAUUCUUUAAUUCCCUUUACUUCUGCAUUGUCACCUUCUCUACGGUUGGAUUUGGUGAUGUGACACCUCAUAUUUGGCCUUCACAGCUCCUUGUUGUCAUAAUGAUAUGUGUGGCUUUGGUAGUAUUGCCUCUCCAGUUUGAAGAGCUUGUUUACUUAUGGAUGGAAAGGCAGAAGUCUGGUGGGAAUUACAGUCGGCAUCGAGCGCAGACAGAGAAACAUGUUGUCCUCUGUGUCAGCUCCUUAAAAAUCGACCUGCUGAUGGAUUUCCUCAAUGAAUUUUAUGCUCAUCCUAGGCUUCAGGAUUACUAUGUUGUCAUCCUCUGCCCAACUGAGAUGGACCUGCAGGUGCGCCGAGUGUUACAGAUUCCUCUCUGGUCCCAGCGGGUCAUUUACCUGCAGGGAUCUGCUUUGAAAGAUCAAGAUCUCAUGAGAGCCAAGAUGGAUGACGCAGAAGCCUGUUUCAUUCUCAGCAGCCGAAAUGAAGUGGACCGUACAGCAGCGGAUCAUCAGACGAUCUUGCGAGCAUGGGCUGUGAAGGAUUUUGCCCCAAAUUGCCCCCUUUAUGUUCAGAUACUGAAACCUGAAAAUAAGUUUCAUGUCAAGUUUGCAGAUCAUGUAGUUUGUGAAGAGGAGUUUAAAUAUGCCAUGUUAGCCUUGAACUGCAUAUGCCCUUCCACCUCUACUCUCAUCACGCUAUUGGUUCAUACAUCCAGGGGACAGGAAGGACAACAGUCCCCAGAACAGUGGCAGAGGAUGUAUGGUCGGUGCUCAGGGAAUGAAGUCUAUCAUAUCAAGCUCAGUGACAGCAAGUUUUUUGGAGAAUACGAAGGGAAGAGUUUCACCUAUGCCUCAUUUCAUGCUCACAAGAAAUAUGGUGUCUGCCUGAUAGGUGCAAAGAGAGAGGACAACAAAAGCAUCUUACUCAACCCCGGGCCUCGGUACAUAAUGAUUAGUUCAGACAUCUGCUUCUACAUUAAUAUCACUAAAGAAGAGAACUCAGCAUUCAUUUUCAAAGAAGAAGAGAAGCAGAAGAGACAGUCCCUGACUUCAGGGGGGAUCUUCAGUGGACCUUCCAGGUUACCAGUCCACAGCAUCAUUGCAAGUAUGGGUACAGUUGCUAUGGAUCUACAGAAUACAGAGUGCCACCCAUCCAGUGGCACCACUUUGACUCUCCCUACAGAAAAUGGAGCAGGAAGUAGAAGGCCCAGCAUCGCACCUGUCCUCGAAAUUGCUGACACUGCUGCCAUUUUGCCAUGUGAUCUCUUAAGUGACCAAUCAGAGGAUGAGGCAAAUCCAUCUGAUGAUGAGAGCUUACCUACGCCAGAAUAUGUGAAAGGAUAUCCUCCUAAUUCACCUUACAUUGGAAGUUCUCCAACUCUCUGUCAUCUUCUACCUGUCAAGGCUUCAUUCUGCUGUUUGAGAUUAGAUAAGGGCUGUCGGCACAACAGCUUUGAAGAUGCAAAAGCCUAUGGGUUCAAGAACAAACUGAUCAUCGUGUCUGCAGAGACUGCAGGCAAUGGCCUGUACAAUUUCAUUGUUCCACUCCGAGCAUACUACAGGCCCAGGAAAGAGCUGAAUCCUAUUGUGUUGCUGCUGGACAACCCGCCAGAUAAUCACUUUUUGGAAGCCAUCUGCUGUUUCCCCAUGGUUUAUUUCAUGGCAGGAAGCAUUGAUAACCUAGAUAAUCUACUACAGUGUGGGAUUAUUUAUGCUGAUAACCUGGUAGUGGUGGACAAAGAGAGUACGAUGAGUGCCGAGGAAGAUUACAUGGCUGAUGCUAAGACCAUCGUCAACGUUCAAACAAUGUUCCGGUUGUUCCCCAGUCUCAGUAUCAUCACAGAACUGACUCACCCCUCAAACAUGAGGUUCAUGCAGUUUCGAGCCAAAGACUGUUACUCACUUGCACUCUCCAAGUUGGAAAAGAAAGAACGUGAAAAGGGAUCAAAUUUGGCUUUCAUGUUCCGUCUCCCAUUUGCUGCUGGAAGGGUGUUCAGUAUCAGUAUGUUGGACACACUACUCUAUCAGUCUUUUGUUAAAGAUUACAUGAUUCCAAUUGCACGGUUGUUACUUGGACUUGAUACUACCCCUGGCUCUGGAUACCUUUGUGCUAUGAAAAUUACGGAAGAUGACUUGUGGAUUCGGACAUAUGGAAGGCUCUUUCAGAAACUCUGUUCUUCCAGUGCUGAAAUUCCAGUUGGGAUUUACAGAACAGAAUUGCACCUGUUUUCUACAUCUGAGUCUCAGAUCUCAAUCAAUGUUGAUGAGUGUGAGGAGACAAAAGAUGCGAAAGACCACUGGGUGGCGAAGAGCCAUCGGAACUCAACGUCUAGUGACCAAUCAGAGCACCCAUUACUGAGGCGCAAAAGCAUGCAGUGGGCCCGAAAAUUGAGCAGAAAAGGAACCAAGCACACCAGUAAAGCAGAUGAAAAGAUCAACCAACAGAGACAGAGCCUGUAUCAUCGAUCAGAAAGACAAGAGUUGUCAGAACUGGUGAAAAACAGAAUGAAGCACUUGGGUUUACCCACAACGGGAUACGAGGAUGUAGCAAAUUUAACAGCCAGUGAUGUGAUGAAUCGUGUAAACCUUGGAUAUUUGCAAGAUGAGAUGAAUGAUCAUCAGAAUACAUUAUCGUAUGUUCUGAUUAACCCUCCACCUGACACUCGACUGGAGCUGAACGAUAUUGUGUACCUGAUACGCCCAGAUCCACUGGCCAAUGUUCAGCCUGGUUCCAACAGCCUGAAAAGCAAAUCGUGUAGGUUGUUCCCUUCCAAUGAGAAGGCAAGGAAUGAAACAGAACUAUGAAUGGUGGAUCCCCAGCAACUCC